UGUUUACGUUAUAGUACUUUAGCCAUGUUGUAAUUUUGAUAUUUAACCUAGAAAGUCCUGAUAUUUUUUCUGCAUUCUAAAACUAUAAACAAUUGAAAACGAUAACGUAUACGUAAUAAUGGCUCGUCAAUUUUCAGCUGCAUUGAAAGAAUUGAGGAUACAUUUGUGCCAAACAAGUAAAACAAGUGAAGGAGUUAGAAAUUUCAUUCAGAAUCAUUAUAUUAAGAUCAAAACUUCAAAUCCAAAAUUGCCAAUUUUAAUUCGGGAAUGCUCCGAUAUCCAACCCAAAGUAUGGGCAAGAUAUGAAAAGGGGAAAGAAGUUUCUGCCCCAUUAUCCAAUUUAAGUGAAGAUGAAGUUUUAAAACAAGUCACAAAUGUUGCAACAAAAUCGUAGUUUAAUCACAUAAUCGUUGUUGUAAUAUUAUAAUAGUUGGUUUGUAAAUACAUAACGAUAAAUUAGGUGUAUUUAUGCA